CUUUCUCAGCAGCCACGUAUAAACCCAGUUGGGGCCCAUCUCACUCUCUCUCUCCCUCCCUUGACCAACCUGCAUCGCUUUCUCUGCUACCGAAGCUCCCCCCACACCCCAUUCUUUUAAGCUCCCUGUGGCUUCCGAUCCCUUAGAUUUCUUCCACGAUUGAGCUGUGAGAAGCAUGUACCGCCAGAAUUUUGCUCCUCCGCCCGCGCAGUCGCCUCCGCUUCACCAUCCUGUGCCGCAACAUGUGUCCACCGUCCCCAUGAUGCGUUCACCACCUCCCCCGACAUCCCAACAGUCUCAAACGGCCAGUUAUGGCAAUCCUUACCAGCCCGCCCCUGCGCAAGGUGGCAGCGGCACCUACGCGCCCGGAUUCGGGGGAUUCAUCAAUGAUCCCACGGCACAGAUGGGAUUCCAGGUCGGGAAGACCGCGAUGGCUGCCGGACAGGAAUACAUGGAGCAGAAUUUCAACCGCUACGUCUCGAUACCCGCGCUCAAACAUUACUUCAACGUCUCCAACUCCUACGUUUUGAAUAAGCUGGUUCUGGUGCUUUUCCCAUGGCGACACAAGCCCUGGUCUCGCCAACAGGCACGCCUGACGACGGCCUCGACGGGGCCGGACGGCCAGAUCUCCCAACAGCAGUACUCGUCCAUGUUCCUGCCCCCUCGCGAUGACCUGAACUCGCCCGAUAUGUACAUCCCGGUCAUGGCGCUGGUCACGUACAUCCUUCUCUCGUCCAUGCUGGCAGGAUUCCGAGGCAAUUUCCACCCGGAGCUAUUGGGCUCGACGACCACGACAGCCAUUGCGGUGAUCAUAUUCGAAAUCAUCUGCCUGAAAAUGGCCAUGUACAUUCUCAGUAUCAACAACGAGUCGCAACUCCUGGACCUAGUCGCUUACUCGGGUUACAAGUUUGUGGGAAUCAUUCUGACCAUGGUGUUCUCGGAAAUCCUGACUCCAGGGAGGGGCACCGGCGGCUGGAUUGGCUGGGUCGUAUUCAUCUACACAUUUCUGGCCAAUGCAUUCUUCUUGGUAAGUACCACGCCUUAACGCUGGAAGAAACCCUCGCUCAUUCUUAUGCUUUAGCUCCGCUCCUUGAAAUACGUCUUGCUUCCGGACUCGACUAGCGAUGCGUCCAUGCGCACCGGGUCGAUGCACACCGUUGCCCGCUCGCAACGCAACCGCCGCACCCAGUUCCUGUUCAUAUACUCCUACGUCGUCCAGUUCAUCUUCAUGUGGGUGCUGAGUCGGGAGGGUCCCAUCGCUAUGGUUUCUGCCAAGGCCUCUGGCUCCGGGACCUCUUCAUAGUGCGUAAUGCCGAUAGACAGUCAGGAGAAAGGCAUGCGGCAUAAACGGGGAAUACUGUUUGGUAGAUGGCUUGAUUACGAUCAUUAUGUAUGCUAGAUAAAUACCACUAUUUUGACAUGUUUGCGU